AUGACAUCUAAUGAGAAAUUUGAGAAAAUUGCAAAAGAGAUAACAUCAUCAACAUUAAAGGAUAUUAUUAUGUUUAGAUGUAGUGAUAAACCAGCAAGUAGAUAUAAUUGCAAAUUAGGAGGAACACCUUAUUUACCAAAAGGAUUUGAAUAUCCAAAAGAUUUAAGCACUGGGAAGCCAUUGUCUUUUCUUAUGCAAAUUAACUUUGAAGAAUUUGAAGCAUUAGAAAAUUAUCCAACAAAAAGAAUUUUACAAUUUUACAUUUUAGUCGACGAUUCAUAUAAUUUUGGAAUUAGUUAUGGAGACAUUACAAAUCAAGAAAAGUUUAGAAUUGUUUAUUUUGAAACAAUUGAAAAAGAUGAAUCUAAAUUACAAGAAGCACCAACUAUUGAAAAUAAUAAUAACGGUCCUAUAUUUACACCUUGUAUAUUACUUCCAGAAAAAGGAGAAAUGGG